CUAGUAGUGUUACCUUACCAUAAUAUUCUACUACAAAACAUAAUAAAUACUUGUUUUUCUUCCUUAGUUUCUUUCAUAAGUGCAGCAAAAUGUUGUCUUUCACAAAAGUCAUAACCUUUGCAACCCUUUUAUUAUGCAACUUUGCAUUACAAGUAACUCCAUUAUCAUCUGAAGAUGAUAAAAUCACAAGCUUACCAGGGCAACCCCCUGUUAAUUUCCAGCAAUUUUCGGGUUAUAUUACUGUCGACGAAGUCCAAAAAAGAAAUCUUUUUUACUAUUUAGUUCAAGCUGAAACUAACCCUUCUUCCAAACCCCUUGUUCUUUGGCUCAAUGGAGGGCCAGGUUGUUCAUCUAUUGGAGCAGGAGCAUUCAGUGAACAUGGACCCUUUAGACCAAGUGGAAAUGGAUUGAUUAAGAAUGAAUUUAGCUGGAAUAAAGAAGCAAACAUGUUGUAUCUUGAAUCACCAGCAGGAGUUGGGUUUUCUUAUUCUGCUAAUAAAACAUUUUAUGAUGGAGUUAAUGAUGAAAUGACAGCAAGAGAUAAUCUGGUAUUUCUUCAAAAAUUCCUAGCAAAAUACCCAGAAUACAAGAAUAGAGAUUUAUUCCUCACUGGAGAGAGCUAUGGAGGACAUUAUGUUCCACAACUUGCUAACCUCGUGCUAAAAUCAAGCCUCAAGUCAAAUUUGAGGGGAGUUGCUAUAGGAAAUCCAUUGCUAGAGUUCAACAAUGACUUCAAUUCAAUCGGUGAAUAUCUUUGGUCUCAUGGACUAAUAUCUGAUGCAACUUAUGAUCUUUCUGAAAAAAUCUGCAAUUAUUCACAAAUUAGGAGACAAGAACAGAAAUUCCUUUCAGCACCUUGCAAAUUAGUUAAUUCUCAAAUUAAUAGUGAGAUUGGCAAGUUUAUUGACUCGUACGAUGUCACUCUCGACGUGUGUUUACAUUCGGUUUCUCAACAAGCUCAUGUCCUCAACCAAAUGAUGGAUGAAGAGAAAAUUGAUGUUUGUCUAGAUGAUGAAACAACCCAAUACUUGAAUAGGAAAGAUGUACAAAAGGCUAUGCAUGCACACCUUAUUGGGGUAACUCAAUGGGCUACUUGUAGCAAUGUGCUAAACUAUCACAUGGACGAUUUGGAGAUUCCUACUCUUCCACUACUUGGCACUUUCACUAAAAGCGGCGUGAGAGUUCUGGUUUACAGUGGUGACCAAGAUUCAAUAAUACCGUUCAUUGGAACUAGAACGCUUGUAAACGGAUUGGCAAAGGAGUUGGGACUAAACACUACUGUGCCUUAUCGAACUUGGCUAACAAAUAGACAGGUUGGUGGUUGGACGCAAGUAUAUGGUGACAUUCUUGCAUAUGCAACUAUAAGAGGAGCUUCCCAUGAAGCACCAUUUUCGCAACCUGCUCGAUCUCUCGUGCUCUUCCGCUCCUUCCUGGAUGGGAAGCCACUUCCAGAUGUCUCACUUGCUCAAUAAUCUAUGGAGUUUACGUACCAAAAAUUAUGAUCACUUAAUUUGAUUCGGCCAUACCCUCACAACAGAAAUUUUAGAAAUGAUUAUAAUCAAUUACAUUAAAUAAUACCAGAGUGCAUUGCUAAUUUACUUGUACAAUGCAAGAAAUUUCAAUGAUUUACGAGUAUAUCAAAUACCACUAUUUGCUGUUUGCA